AUCAUUUACUCUUAACUAUGAAGAGUGUUGUUGUGAAUACCUAUUUAUUGUGUCUGCUCCUUCGACACGUUACAUCAGAUACCCAUGAUGAAACUGAAGUUGCUUCAAGACAUGCUAGAUUUUGGCCUGUUGGCUUCGUUCGUUUCGCCAAUUCGAUUUGUUCGACUUUAGAAGGCUUGGAAGGUACUUGCUAUACCAGAGAACAGUGUGAUGGAAUCAACGGAGGGAUUGUCUCAGGAAAAUGUGCCAACGGAAUAGGCAGAUGUUGCUUAGUUCAAAGGACGUGUGGCUCAACUUCCUCCUACAACAACACUUACUUUGUUAACUCAAAUUACCCCAAUGGAAAUCCUGCACCGACUCAAUGCGUUUAUACCAUCAGAAAGUGUAACUCGGAUAUUUGCCAAGUGCGCCUGGACUUUUUGGCUCUAUCCCUGGCCCAGCCAGACGGUAACGGUUAUUGUGUAACCGAUUCGGUUCAAGUGGUCGGAGGUGCCUCCACAGUUCCAAUAAUCUGCGGCGAAAACUCCGGACAACACAUGUACGUCUACUUCAACGGCGACAGCGACAUUAAAAUAAUCGUAUCGGCCAACUCCAUCGGAAGGUCGUGGAGCAUAAAGGUGGCGCAAAUCGGCUGCGACUGCCCAUGGAAAGCUCCGACUGGGUGUUUGCAGUACUUCACCUCGCUGACCGGAACCGUUAACAAUUUCAAUUACGGUACCGGCAUAAACGGCAACUUGGUGACGCAAAACAUUGACGGGAACGACCAACCAAUCGCGGUUCCCGGCACCAGACAGAUGGCAAACGAGAACUACGGCGUUUGCGUCCAGAUGCAACCGGGGUACUGUUCAAUAAAGUGGAGUCAAGGGAGUGAUAGUACCUCUUUCACUGUUAACAACAGCACGGCUCUGCAGGAGGCCAUCCGCGGAUUACCUGGUGAUCCCCUGAAAGGGGAGAACUGCACCACUGAUUACGUGGUAGUACCAAAUCCACAUUAUACCAAUGGUACUGCCAUCGAUGCUGAUAGGUUUUGUGGAAACCAAUUUAUUCCGUUAGUCAGUUCUUCCAAACCCUUUGUAUUGACAGUCGUAACAAAUAAAGAUGAGGUGGGUGAUGUUGCUAAUAGAGGUUUCUCGUUGAAUUAUGAACAACAAGCGUGUGGUACUGAUACUAGUAGUCUUUCUCUAGCCUUAGCAUUAGGUUAA